AUUGCUGUGGCCACUAGUCUGAGGGAGUUCUUUCUCUCAGCUUGUCAUCUCUGCAUCUCCUCUCAUCUGCUGUCGCGUCCUGUGUGAGAUGAGUUCUUGUGGCGAGAUGGGGGAGGCCAUCGAACUCAGUACCAGGGAGCACGUGACCCCGGAGAUGAACAAGCUUCGUCAGAGCCUGAGGAGGAAGAAGCCCACCUACGUGCCAGAGGCCAGCAGGCCGCAUCAGUGGCAGGCUGACGAGGAGGCUGUACGCAAGGGCAAAUGUAACUUCCCGGUUCGGUACCUGGGCUUGGUGGAGGUGGAGGAGUCGAGAGGGAUGCAUGUGUGCGAGGAGGCGGUGAAGAAGCUAAAAGUUAGUGGCAAAAAGACAGUCAAGGCAGUGUUGUGGGUUUCAGCUGAUGGACUCAGGGUGGUGGAUGACAAAACUAAGGACCUCAUUGUGGACCAGACCAUAGAGAAGGUUUCAUUCUGCGCUCCGGAUCGUAACUAUGACAAGGCCUUCUCCUACAUCUGCCGAGACGGGACCACCAGACGGUGGAUGUGCCACUGCUUCAUGGCUCUCAAAGACUCGGGGGAGAGACUGAGCCACGCAGUUGGCUGUGCCUUCGCCGCCUGUCUGGAGAGGAAGCAGCGCCGGGAGAAGGAGUGCGGCGUGACGGCGUCCUUUGAUGCCAGUCGCACCUCAUUUGUUCGUGAGGGCUCCUUCCGCGCCAACUCCUCCUGCAGCCAGCAGGGCAGCAGCAGCGAGCGCGAUGACAAACUGCAGGACAAGAAGAAAGACCAGCCCUCUGUCAUCCCAGCUCUCCCACCUGGCACUGCCUCCCCACCCGAGGGUGCAGCGUCCCCCAUGGACCGCCCGGAACCAGGCGGGCCUCACGCCAUCCCUCGCCGCCACGCGCCCAUCGAGCAGCUGGUGCGUCAGGGCUCGUUCCGGGGAUUCCCAGCACUGAGCCAGAAGAACUCUCCCUUCAAGAGGCAGCUGUCGCUCCGCCUCAACGACCUGCCAUCCACGCUGCAACGCAAGACCGACUUCCAGGCCAAGAACCCUGAGAUGGAUAUGGGGUUGCCAGGUGAGGGAGACAGUAGUAUUAAUGCCCUUUGUAGCCAGAUCAACGCCUCUUUUACUAAGCCAUCGGAGGAGCUCUUCUCUAGCCCCUCCAUGUCUGCAAAUGGCCCCCCAACCUGCACUGUGCCCCCUGUCCUGCCCCCACCACCUGCACCGAUGCAGGCCACUUCUUCCUGGGUGCAGCCAGAGCCUCCACUCCACUCUCCUCCUCCGGUUUCUGUGGCGAUGCAGAUACAGAUGCAGAUGCAGAUGCAGAGCGGACACAAGCGCACCCCCUCUGAGGCCGAAAGAUGGCUGGAGGAGGUCUCCAAGGCCGUCAAGGCUCAGCAAACCCCUCCUCCAGGUCCCACAAUCCCCACCAUCCCUGGGCCGCCCACAAUUUCGAGUCAUCAGAUGUCCAGUCAGGCGGCCAUAUCAGCUGCCCCAGUGACCACUGUCCCCAUGUCCCUUGGCACCAUGUCCAAACCCCUCAUCUCAGGCCCGUCUGGCCUCUCAAGUCAGGCCCCACUGCCCCUUCCACCCAUGUCCAUAUCAUCAGUUCCCUUAAUACCAGGCCCUCCAGUGUCAGGGCCUCCUAUGUCUCUUCCUUCCAUGUCGAUCCCCACGAUGUCCGGUCCAAGUAUGUCUGGGGCCCCCAUGAUCCAGCCCUCACUUCCUGGGCCCCCAGGCUCCCUUCCAAGCUCCAUGCAGCCUUUCCCCUUGGCUUUUGAUGCUACCCCGGCCCCUGUGGGUAUGUUCGCCAGCCAGCCUGUCCAGCCGGCAUUCGUGCCCAUGCAGACCUACAUGCCAGGCCUGGCAAGCAGUAUGACCUACCCCAACGCCAGUGUGCCUGUAGUGGGCAUCACUCCAUCGCAAAUGGUGGCCAACGUCUUCUGCACCGCCACGGGCUCAUCAGCUGCAGGCGGAGCCAUGGGCUCGGCCGGAGGAGGACCCAAAGCGGGGCCACUCGGAACAGUCGGCCAGCACCAUUCUUACCCAGGAGCGCCUGGUGCAGUCGGGCCCUCCGGAGGGUUUUCUACACCACCGUUCUCUUCCACACCGCCAUUAUCAACAGCCCUUAAUGGUCUCCCACCACACAGCAGCGCUAUGAUGACCCUCCAGAACGGCACCUCCAACAGUGGCGGGAACGGUGGCAGCAGUAGCAGCUGGCCGCCAGAGGGCAGCCAGCUAACAGCUCCGGUGGCCAGCGAUUCUCAAGACGAUGAUCGUUUUGAGGCCCAGUGGGCAGCACUGGAGACCAAACCAUCGCCUCAGCAACCGGGGAACAAGGCGCCAGCUGCAGCAGCCAACCCAUUUUCCAACAACUUGCAAAAGACUUUCGAGAUUGAACUCUAAGACGGACUCGGCCUCCCAAAGCUGUAGUGCUAGCCCUGGAGUCAAAGCCUGAGGAAGCCAGGCACUAAAUCCAGCAUCUCUGCCUAGAAUGGGAUGCAGUUAGCCUAGCAUCUGACCUGUGGCAGCCUAGCAACUUGUUCAAAGCUCUCAUAGUAGUCAGUACUAUAAUGAUCUUGAUUGCUUUCUUUACACUCCCAUGAGAGCUUUGGAGGAGGCUGGCAGAUUGCUAGGCUGCCAUCGGAGGAUCAGGUCUCUAGUUCAUCUGACUUGAUGGACUGAGUCCUUGUACUCCAACCCGCUAACAGCCACUCUUCCCUGCUUUCACUUUUCCACUCUGGCUUUACUUUACCUGCUGCAAGUCCCUGGAUGUACUGUACGUGCCCCUUUGAGAACAUUGUGGUGGGGGGACACAGUUCAGUGGUUUCUUUCUUUUAAAAGCGGACUCCACUCAGAUGCAUUCCAAUCCCAUGAGAUGUUUUCGGCAGUUCUGUUUCCGGUGGGGAUUCUGGUGGAGAAUUAGCGGAAAUGGCGACACCACAAGACAUGCAGUGAAGCAGAGAAUUGAUUGGUUGACUGAGAAUCAGACUGAUGCUGAUCUUAACCAAGCAAAAGCAGAUGUUUGGAUACCUGAAAGGACUAGCCAGUGAUGUAAGACCUAACCCUACCAACCCAAAAGGACUUACUGACCAAUAGUAGAGAUUUAUGGCCAAAAUUAUUUUAUUUAUUGUAUUUUAUUUUUUAUUUUAACAAGUUAUAUAUACUUAAAAAUCAAAUUUUUAAAGCAGUGCUUCACAAGCGUGUUUUUUUUAACCCCCCAUAUUUAUUUUUGUCGAAGGAGGGAAACUACAGGUAGCUGACAGAUAACAUGUAGGAUUGGGCAGCAGUAGAGGGAAAGCAUUGUGGGAAACUGAGUCAUGUAACCGGAACCAAAUAGCCAGGGCUGACAGUACAGCAGUGUGUAGUGUGACAUGUGAAACAGUAAGUGUAUAUAGCGGCAUGUUUCUUCCACUCGUUAGCCCUCACGUAUUUACGCUCCACUGCUGCUGAGGCCACUUGAGUCAGUAUGACUUCACUUUGGCUCUGUGGCCCAUUUCUGUUGCUAAAGCCUUCCUUCAAGGGCACCGGGACAUGAAAACUCACUUCAGGAUAUCCAGCACACAGACACUCUGGACAAUGCAGCACAACAACAGUCCUUUGGACUCCAUCAUCUCUCCAGACAAACCCAAGGAACUUAAACAACUCAGUGGAAAAAAAAAACACUCUACAACACUGUGCAACUGGUUGAAAAAAAAUGAUGCACUACAUUCCAACAUUCAUAAAUCCUUUGACGUGUUCAAACACAGGGUAUAGACUCAUCACGUACAGUAUGAUUGUGUAUUCACCUCUACUGUAUCCGUUGCAGUAGCACUGCACUCAUGAUGGAUGUUGGGAUUGAUGAUUAGAAGUGAAAAGACAGGAGGAACAUGAGCAGACAUAGACUGGCAAAUAAAAGAAUUAAGAGCAGUUAGAUGACCAAGACUUGAUUGAUAGAACAGAGAGAGAAAAAUAUAGAUGAGUAGAAGAAUAGAUUACGAGAGGAAGGAAGGAAGGAAGGAAGGAUAACCUGCAUGUGCGAGACUGAAGGCGAGAAUGGAGCUAUACCUUUAAAAAAUGAGAUGGAGGAAGUCUGAAGGAAGGAAACACGAGAUAAUACGUGAUAAAAAGUGAGAGACGGAUUGUGUGAAAAUAUUAAGAACAAAGACACAUUCAUCACGCAGCCCACAAACGCAGCACUGUCUUCACAUCUGCUUUUGCCUCAAGGCCGAGCCACUUCAAAUUUCAGCAUCGUGUUCCUCAACUCUUCAAACCUCACAAAAAACACUUUUGAUUAUAUUUAAAAACAUGUUGCUUUUUUUUAUAUAUAUAUAAUUGCAGCCUCAUAAACAAGAUUCUUGUCUAAGUAUGUACAACCGCCUGUAUAGUUAAAACUUUGGCAACAAAGCUUUCUUGUGUUUUAACUUGCAGUUUCUGGCACGAGUCGUAAAAGUCCAGGUCUGCUCAAGAAGAUGCAACAUUAUGAAGUAGAAAUGUUCUUUAUCGAAGGGCUUUUUCCACAGGUUGUUUCUGUAUGUUAUAUAACCUGUGAUCUGGCCAGAGAUCCUAUUAUGUUUCCUGGGAAUUGAAUUGUAUGGAUAUGGACUGCCACUGAUUAGGUUUCCUGCUCAUUAACGUCCCACAGUUUCAUUAGCUUGUUGGGUCUCUUCCUGUGGCAGCGUUGCCCUGUGAUAGGCUGCUUUCCAUCUCUGGUUCCUCCCAGGGUUUCCUUUGUUGUUUGUUGUUGUUUUCAGGCAAAUCAAUAUUUUCUCCCCCUCCAAACAAGUACAAACUGCUCUCUCUCUAUAUAUAUAAUACAAGACCGAUUCACUCAUGAAAUCAAAGCUUUUAUUUCACUGAAAAUAUAUUUUAGCCUUCGACUCUUGUUUGCACGCCCUCCAAAUUAUAAAUGUAGGUUAAUUGUGUUUCUGCAUUCAAGCAAACUAAAUGACCUCAUAAACUUGAUUGUAAAACCAUAGUUUAGUGAUGGUAACAAAGCAAACCAGUUUAUUUUUAAUCUUUAUUUACAGAAUUUUUGUAUUUAAA